GGAAAAUUAAUUACUUCUUAUUAAAUAUUAAAUCGCGACAUUUAAUCAGUAUUGCCCAAGAAAUCGUGCGAUUAGAUAAGCCCGAUCAAGAUCGAAAGGAAGGAAAAAAAUUUUUGUAUCCUUCAGUGUUCGAUUUUCGUUUGUUUUGCAAUGUCGGCGGACGACGACGACGAAAUUCGCGUCGGUUUAAACGGAGCCGUCGCUAAAGAGGCGACGGGAAGAGAAUCCGAGGGCCGAACCAGGGAAUCUCCGUUCUUGUAUUUCGCAGCUUUCGUAGCCAAUCUUUUGGGAUUCGCCGCUGGGACGGCCGCCUCGUGGACAUCUCCCGUAUUUCCGAAACUCGACGAUCCUGACGGUCCUUUGAACGUGCCGAUCGGCACCCUGCAGAAAAGUCUCGUGGCCGCGGCCCUUUGUGUCGGACAAACGGUCGGCCCUUUCGUCUUCGGCGACCUUUCCGAAUCGAUUGGUCGCAAAAAAACGUUGAUUUUGAUUGCCGUACCUAUGAGCCUCGGACUCGCAACGUUGGCGUUCGCCACUGACGUCAGGUUAUAUUAUCUCGGAAGAUUCCUACACGGCCUGGGCGUCGGCGGCUGCUUCACCGUACUGACGACCUACACGGCCGAAAUUGCCGAGCAACAGAACCGGGGCAAAUUCAGCUGCAUCUCGACGAUAUUCCUCUCGCUCGGCAUCCUCUAUCCUUACCUGGUCGGUAACGUACUCGACGUCCGUUCGUUUUCUCUCUCGUGCCUCGCGCCGCUGCUAGCGUUUUUCGCGCUGUUUCCCGCGUUCGCUCCCGACUCCCCCCUCUACCUGGUGAAAGUCGACGAAACGGACGUCGCUGAGAACGCUUUGAUACGGUUGCGGGGCGGCAACGUCGCGUACGCGCGUCGAGAACUCGCCCAAACGCGCGAGUUCGUCGACGCGAACCGGCAACGUCGCCGCGGAUACCUGGAGGUCUUUCGCUCCGCCACCUUGAGACGACCGCUCGGCAUAGGCGUCGGGCUGGUGGUUUUUCAGCAGUUUUCUGGUACCGGCGUCGUCGUGGCAUUCAUGAACGACAUCCUGCUCGAGGCCGGCAACGUUAUCCCCGCGGAAUACGGCACAUCAAUAGUCGCCUCGAUGAAAGUGCUUGUAAUAUUCGUCACUUCGACUGUGAUCGAGCGUCUAGGACGCAGGAUCUUGCUCCUAGCGUCGGCCGCCGGCUGCGCGACGGCCAACGCGUGCCUCGGCCUUUAUCUGUCUCUAAAAACUUCGGACCCCAUCGCGGUCGAAAGGUUAUCUUGGUUGCCUCUCAUUUGUCUCGCCGUCUACGUGGUCAGCUUCAACUUGGGCAUCGGCUCAGUCGUGUGGGUGGUAGUCAGCGAGAUAUUUCCAUCCGGUGUCAGGGCUACGGCAUCGGCCGUCGUCACGGCCUGCUGUUUCGCUUCCACCACCCUCAUCGUUUUCGUUUUUCCCAUCGUGACCGAGCGGCUCGGCAUGGCCGCGUCCUUUUGGAUAUUCGGGUGUUGUUGCGUGACUUCGUUCGCGUUCAUUUACAACGCGGUGCCGGAAACCAAAGGCAAGUCGUUCGCUGAAAUUCAAAAGAUACUGUCCCGCUAGCCGUUUACGAAUAAAGCGUUUUUUUCUAUAUACGAGUCGUUUUAUUUUUGCCGUAUUUUCUUAAUAAAAUAGACCUAUUUCCUCACACCGCUCGUUUAUUUUGUACAAAACAAUAUAAAACAAUUCAUUUCCCUGCGGCGAUUUGUUCGAAUCGUACA